GGAGCCGAGCGGAGGCGGCGGCGGGUCCGGAGGAAGCGAGCGAGCGGGGGAGGCCGCCGCCGCGAGGCGCCGGGGAUGGGCGCGGCCGGAGCCCUGGACCCGCGGCGCCCGAACGAGACGCUGCAGCGGCUGCUGUGCGGGGGGGGCCCCGGCAACGCCUCGGGCUGGAACCGGAGUCUCUGCGACCUGCUGCGAAGCCCGCCCGGGCCCCCCCCCGCAGACCUGGAGUUCACGGUGCGGGUCCUGCUCUAUGCGCUGAUCUUCCUGCUCAGCGUCUUUGGGAACUCGCUGAUCAUCGUGGUGCUGGUGCUGAAUCGCCGCCUGCGCACGGUCACCAACUCCUUCCUGCUCUCGCUGGCGCUGAGCGACCUGCUGCUGGCGCUGUGCUGCAUGCCCUUCACCCUCGUGCCCAACCUCAUGGGCACCUUCGUCUUCGGCCCCGCCGUCUGCAAGCUCGUGGCCUAUCUCAUGAGCAUCUCCGUCAGCGUCUCCACCUUCAGCCUGGUGGCGAUCGCCAUUGAGCGGUACAGCGCCAUCUGCAACCCGCUGCAGUCCCGCGUGUGGCAGACCCGCUCCCACGCCUACCGGGUCAUCGCCAGCACCUGGCUGCUGUCCCUGCUGCUCAUGCUGCCCUACGCCAUCUUCAGCACCACCGUGCCCGCCCGGCCCGGCCUCGCCCAGUGCCAGCACCGCUGGCCCAGCCAGCCCUUCAAACAGGCCUGGUACAUCCUGCUGCUCCUCAUCCUCUUCUUCAUCCCCGGCACGGUGAUGGCCGUGGCCUACGGACUCAUCUCCCGCGAGCUCUGCCGCGGCAUCCGCUUCGAGAUGGACUUCAAGAGAGAAGCCACCAGUCUCCAGCACGGCAGCACGGAGCCCCUGGCACCGGGGGUGGAGGACGACGGCUGCUACGUGCAGCUGGCCAGGCCGGGGGGGGCGCUGGAGCUGAGCUUGCUGGGCCGGGCGGGCGUGGGGCAGCCGGACCGCGCCCGCGUUAACAGCUCGCAGGCCAUGCUGCUGGCCAAGAAGCGGGUGAUCCGCAUGCUGAUCGUCAUCGUGGUGAUGUUCUUCCUCUGCUGGCUCCCCAUCUUCUCUGCCAACACCUGGCGCGCCUUCGCCCCGGCCUCGGCCCAGCGGGCGCUCUCGGGCGCCCCCAUCUCCUUCAUCCACCUGCUGUCCUACACCUCGGCCUGCACCAACCCGCUCAUCUACUGCUUCAUGAACCGGCGGUUCCGCUCCGCCUUCGCCGCCACCUUCGCCCGCUGCCGCCCCCGGCGCCCGCCCCGGCCCCGCCACGACGACAUGCCCGCCACGGGCGCCUCCCUCUCCAAGAUCAGCUACACCACCGUCAGCAGCCUGGGCCCCCCCUAGGGACCCCCCUAGCAC